UCCAGUUGUUUUCACAUCGCCUCACCAACAAAGAGACCCGGAGCUGCUGUCUCUUACAUCUCCAAUGUGGUGAGUGAUGCGCAACUAAGGACCAAAGCUCCUUCACGCCGAGGCGAGAACUUCGAGAUAAAGAGUAGAACCAUUUCCUUUUUACACUCAAUAAGAUACAUUAGGGAGAUAGUUUGAAAAGUUCCAGAAGGAUUUGAUUUAACGCAAAGAGGGAAAAUGGUGUCGGCCGGACUGGAGAUCCUGGGACUGUCGCUGUGCGUAUUCGGCUCGCUCCUGGUGAUGGUUUCGUGUGGGCUGCCCAUGUGGAAGGUGACGGCUUUCAUCGAGGCCAACAUCGUGGUGGCCCAGACGAUCUGGGACGGUUUGUGGAUGUCGUGCGUGGUGCAGAGCACGGGUCAGAUGCAGUGCAAGGUGCACGACUCCGUCCUCGCUCUCGGCCACGACCUCCAGGCGGCCCGGGCGCUCACCAUCAUCUCCUCCGUGAUGGGCGUGCUGGGGCUCAUGGUGGUGAUCGCGGGGGCGCAGUGCACCAACUGCAUCCGCGCCGAGUACGUCAAAGCCCGGGUGGUGAACGCCGGAGGGGUGGUCUACAUCGUGAGCGGUCUGUUUGUGCUGGUGCCACUCUGCUGGAUGGCCAACAGCAUCAUAUCGGACUUCUACAACCCGCAGGUGCCCCCGUCCAAGAAGAGGGAGAUCGGCGCCGCGCUCUACAUCGGCUGGGCGGCCACGGCGCUGCUGCUGGUCGGGGGAGGGAUGCUGUGCUGCUCCUGUCCCUCCAGCGGGAACUCCGGAUACUCUGCAAAAUACGCACCGACCAAGAGAGUCACGCCGAACGGGGAGUAUGACAAGAGGAAUUAUGUGUAGCGUAUGUCACGGUAUGUGGCUCGCGGAUGCGCGGUGCGUAAAAGUGACCUGCAGCUAUUGGAGAAAAAAACUCUUCUUUUUUGAUGGACUAAAUCUUUCCACCUGCAGUUGUUUUGUUUGCAUUUGUUUUUGUUGUUGUUGAAAUGUGAACUUUGAAAAAUCAAUGGAGACACAUCUGAUGUUUUUUUUUACACUGGCCCUUCAAAACGCACGGACCACAAACACGUUUUGUAUCUACAGAUUGUUUUGUGUUGAAGACUAUCGACUACAAGAGGUAGCUCACAACAACAAAAGGAAUAUCUUGGUUAGGUACCUGCUUUUGUAUGUCUUCGAAAUGAAUCAUGCUUUGACGUGUGUAUACCGCUGUAACGUGUUGUAUUUUCUUAGAGGAGCUCUCGCCAUCGAAUAUAUACACUUGUUUUUGCCUUGAUGUGCAUUGUCAGCACAAACUUUACAGGAACCGAGAAUGAUUGCACUCCCACACACUCAAAGACCCGUUUCCUCUCGUGGGACUAUCGCGCCGACAUGUUGGGCACUCCAACAAUGUCUAGCAGCAAUAAAGCGUGAGAAGGAAAAGAGCGCAUCAAUAAAUCUCGGCCAGCCUUUUUUUGUGUUGUUUCAGAACUUUAUGGCGGUGAGUGACUGUGAACAUUUUUACAAUCUGUAAAUGUGGACCUGUAACUUGUGUGGGAUCACAACAUUAAAUGUUAUUGCUUGCAGUCCGCUAUCCGGCUGCACUGAGCACCUGCGACGUGUCUUUGUGUGUGUGUGUGUGUGUGUGUGUGUGUGUGUGUGUGUGUGUGUGUGUGUGUGUGUGUGUGUGUUUGUGUGUUUUUGCAACACUGUCACUGCAGGAAGUUUCUUUUUCUUUUUCACUCUGAACAAACUUCUGGUUUUCUAUUUCGUUUGUUGACCUUUAAUGUAAUGAUUCAUCAUUCGUGUAUAGCCUACGCGCAGAUACACGAAUAUUGCAUAGGCCUAUUGUGUCAUUUUACUUUAAGAUUAAACUGAAUAUAUUGUCUGGAAAUCA